AGAAGUAUUAUGUAUCAAGCUCUCUAGCUAGCUUGCUAUUCAUUUAAUGGCUAGGCAGUACAGGCAAAAUCCAAGUGCUUUUCCAUUUUCUAUUAUUCUGGUUGUGGUUUUUCUCUCCUGCGGUUUGUUUGUGCAUAAUAUUGGUGCUGAAACUCGAGAGUAUGUAUCGGCAGUGGGUGAUCCGGGAAUGAGAAGGGAUGGCCUGCGGUUGGCGAUAGAGUCAUGGAAUCAAUGCAACGAGGUUGGUGAAGAAGUUCCUCACAUGGGCAGCCCGAGAGCUGCCGAUUGCUUUGACUUAUACAAGGCUUCUCCACCGCCGGCAACAGAGAACAACUGCUCCUUGUGCAAGUCCAUGCCUUAUAUGUUGGUCCACAGAGUCACGGACAAUGACAACAAGCUAGGGGUAGGAGACCCAUUCCUUGGGAUCCAACCAAAGGCCCUUUCCGAUGUAGACCUUUACGCUGCUGCGAAAGAACUCUAUCUGGGAUCGAAAUGUCAGGUUGAAGACACCCCAAAUCCAUGGCAAUUUUGGAUGAUCAUGCUCAAGAGUGGGAACAUGGACACUUUUGCUGGAAAAUGCCCUAAAAAUGGCCAUAAAGUUGGAUCUUUCGGCCCUGACAAAAUGUUUCCUUGCUUUGGAAAAGGGUGCAUGAACCAACCAAUGAUUCAUCAUGACUAUACCACAUUGCAAGGGCCUGAUAGGACUACUCUUAGGGGGAGGUUUUAUGGGUCAUGGGACUUGAAUGCUAAUUUGAGCACUGAUUUAGUGGGGAACAUAUCUUAUUAUUCAGUAACUUGGGAAAAGGAACUUGGUGAGGGAAGUUGGGUUUUUCAUCAUCUCUUGAGGACUUCAACAAAAUAUCCUUGGUUAAUGCUUUACUUCAGAUCCGAUGCCACCUUUGGAUUCUCUGGUGGAUACCAUUACGCAACCCGAGGAAUGACCAAGAUUAUCCCAGAGUCACCAAAUUUUAGAGUGAGAUUCACCUUGAAUGUGAUCAAAGGUGGUGGUCCUAGCAGCCAGUUCUAUCUAAUGGACAUUGGAAGUUGUUGGAAGAACAAUGGCCAGCCUUGUGAUGGCGAUGUGACUUCAGAUGUCACACGAUACAGUGAAAUGAUCAUAAAUCCAAGCACAAGAGCAUCGUGCCAGCCAGGAAACCUCAAUGUCUGCCCACCUUACCACACUUUCUCCAAUGGGACACGCAUUCAUCGUAAUGAAACUGAUCGCUUCCCUUAUGCAGCUUAUCACUUGUAUUGCUCCCCAGGAAAUGCAGAGCAGCUUGAGGCACCUUAUAGUUUGUGUGAUCCAUAUAGCAAUCCUCAACCUCAAGAGAUAUUGCAGAUUUUGCCACACCCAGUUUGGGGUGACUAUGGGUACCCUACUAAGCAAGGAGAUGGUUGGAUUGGGAAUCCAAGGACAUGGGAUCUUGAUGUUGGAAGGUUGUCUCAAUCACUCUACUUUUACCAGGAUCCAGGUACUCCACCAGCAAGAAGGCAAUGGAUGUCUGUUGAUUUGGGAACUGAAAUAUUUAAAGACCCUGACCAAGUUGCUGAAUGGACUGUUACUGACUUUGAUAUCCUUAUACCUAAGCAAUGAAGGCAUUGCAUGCUAGCUUCAACUCAAACCAAUGAAGCUUCCAAGGUGAUAGAGUAGCUUUUACCCAAAGGGUGGAAUUUUCAUAGGACUUUCAUUGUGUUCUUUGCAUUGAAUUUUUUUUCUUUUGGCUAGCUAGUUAGCAACAAGAUCCAAAGCUUGGGAUCCCAGAUUUUUUUACCAGAGCUGGAAAGAGUGAGAUAUAGAGCUCUACUAUUCAAUUGAAUAUAGUCUUUCUUGGUUACAACAAAGAGCUAAAUUACCAGUUUCUUCCAUUAAUCAAGAUGAAAUGGACAUAAGCACAUACUUUAUCAAUAAUAUAUAUAAAUCCUUCUAAUCCUCCCAA